AUGAAGAAUGAGGAUCUGAAGAUUGUAGCUGAGAAGGCGAGACGCCUGAGACGUGAAGCGAGGAAUCUCGGCGAUGUUUUCAGCAGAGUGGGUGAAGAGCAACGGGAACUUCUGUUGGACGUGUUCAACUCCCAGCAUCAGGAGUGGGUGGAGAGGAAAAACACGAUGAAGCUGGCAUUCGGAUUGCCGCAGGAGGAGGAUGAUGACGAGGGCGAAGAGCCGGACGAUGUUCCGCCUGAGGAUUGGGCUGAAGAGGAGGGUCCGCCUGAGGAUUGGGCUGAAGAGGAGGGUCCGCCGGAGGAAGGGGCUGAAGCCGAGGUUCCCGUGGUGGUGGCGGUUGCGGAAGAGGUUCCCGUGGUGGUGGCGGUUGCGGAAGAGGUUCCCGUGGUGGUGGCGGUUGCGGAAGAGGUUCCCGAGGCGGUGGUGGCGGAGGAAGAGAUAGAGGCGGUGGUGGCGGAGGAAGAGAUAGAGGCGGUGGUGGCUCCGGUUGCGAAUGCUGUGGUUGGGUUGGUUGUGCAGGACGAGGAGAAGGCCGACUAA